GAACAACUUGGCAAUACACUGUCUUUGACUGGCUAAGGCAAAAGUCGCCAGAGAAUGUUUCUAUUACAUGAAGACGAUAACUUGGGAAUAUUCCUCUACGUGUUUCUGCUGUCGGCCGGCUACUAUUUGUGGCGUAGAUGGACCUCAAACGACAAUUUAAGCGCUGCCGAUCUUGCAGGGAAAUACAUCUUUAUCACAGGCUGUGACUCUGGCUUUGGACAUCUGGCAGCCAGGACUUUUGACAAGAAAGGAUUCCGGGUGAUUGCUGCCUGCCUGACAGAAAACGGAGCUGCCAGCCUCAGAGCGGCUGCUUCCAAGCAGCUCCAGACAGUGUUUCUGAAUGUGACAGACGUAAACAACGUCAGUUUGGUGGCAGAAAGUGUUAAAAAGGAAGUAGGAGAGAAAGGUCUGUGGGGCCUGAUCAAUAAUGCAGGGCAAAUGGGACCCUCAGCGCCGACUGACUGGUUGAACAUUGAGCACUUUAGAGAACCAAUUGAAGUGAAUUUGAUUGGACUCAUAAACGUUACAUUAAAUAUGCUGCCCUUGGUAAAGAAAGCCAAAGGGAGAAUAGUAAACAUAAGCAGCAUUGGUGGUUGUGUAGCAAUAUGCUCAGGAGGCUAUUGUCCAUCCAAAUUUGGGGUGGAGGCCUUCAACGACAGUUUAAGACGAGAUAUGAAAGCAUUUGGAGUGAAUGUGUCUUGUGUUCAACCUGGGCUCUUCAACACACCUCUCUCUGACAAAACCAAAGUGUGGGAAAGAAAAUUAAACAUUUGGAAUGAGCUUCCUUCUGAUAUCAAAAAACAGUACGGCGAGGAUUAUCUAGCAAAAGAUGCAGAAAAGAAAGAACAACUGGUCCAGAGGUUUCAGAACACAGACCUCUCACUGGUUGUGAAGUGUAUGGAGCACGCCAUAAUGAGCAGGCGUCCACGGAUCCGCUACAGUGCAGGCCGGGAUGCUAAUGUUUUCUGGAUCCCCCUCUCCUACAUGCCAGCUUUUCUACAGGACUAUGUACUCAUGAAAAAUAAAGCUAAGCUGGUAGAUCCAACGGCAGGGUAGUUUCCCUUCUUAUGUUUAUGAGCUUCCAUUGUAAUCUCAGCUGGUUGGCACAGAAUAAAGACUGGAUCUGUCUCAAUCGCUGUUAGUUUAACCACAUCCUUUAAAAGAAUCCAAUUCAUGAUUUAACACCAGCUCCAAUGGAAAGAUCGCUAGAGCUGGGUUCAGAGGUAAACAAGCGUCUGGGGAUGAAGGCUAUAAUCAUUUGUUGUUUAUAUUUUAAAAAUAAUAUUCUUUGUUUCUUGAGGCAAAUCUAGAUUACAUUGGAUUUGCAUGUGGCUGGUGAAAUAUAGGCAAACAGGUACUUAAACCAGCUGUUUACUAGAACAGAGACAAAAUAAUAGUCUUCAAGAAAACUUCAAUCCUUCCCAGAAUCUUUUUCUUUAAAUCUGUCCUGUUCCUCUGUCCCUGUAACCUGUUUCUAAUAAAUGUAAGGCAGGUCACAUGGCUCAGCUGGGAAAGGGGAAAACAGAAACUCCUUGAGGAUAGUACCUGGGCAGUGUAGACGCCUACUCCUAAACAGGGACUAGAGCAAGGAACCUUCAUGCCUAGCAUAACCAUCCCACAGCUCCAUGAUGCAAUAAAAGGUAGGCUGGGACUUGCAUAAGGCUGUUCUUGACUUAAUGGAAUAUUUGAACAGGGUCAAAUAAUAAGCAGACCAUUGCAUAUAUGUGGAACUGGCCAGUGUCCCAACCAAACUACCCUGUUUAUUGUGGCAAUUAAAAGGGUGCUUUGAGGGCUGACAGUUAUGAAAGUGCACUUCCAGGGAACACUUUCUUAUCCCAAAAAUGUCACUUGUUUAGGAGAGCCACAUGCUAUAGCAAGUUUGGAAUGUAGCGACCUAAGUUUAAGGCAAUGUGCUCUAGCAGCAAACAAUGCAAAGAAUCUAUUGUUCUCCUGGGAUCUCUUUGACCCAGCAUCCCUUUGUCCUAACUGGGUCAUUUUCUAGUUUACUGUUGAGAAUGACAGUGUGUGGUGUGCUUUUUGAGCAGUUGUUAAUUUAUUGUGUGGUUGAAACUCUAUUGUACUGUAUUUUCAGAUAACCUCUUCGUUUUUAUUCUAAGCUGCUUCGGAAACCACUUUGCGGAGAGUUGUUACAUUCGUUGAAAGAAGUAGAUAUAGUUUUGCAUUGUAUGGUUGUAGAAGAAGUGUUGUAUGUUUUUCAAGUGGUGCUAUAUUGUAUUUUGCCAUGUGCAUAGUCCCUUUUUUAAUGAGUACUGGGGCACUUAUAAAAUGAAUAUAUUGCUAAAAUGCAAUGAUGUUUGAAGUGGGGCUUAUGUAAGUAUGGGACUCUACCACUAUGGGGAAGUGUGCCUGUGCUUGUACACUCAUUAAUAUUUAUACCUUGGUUCAGCUAUGGUAAAACCACUGUAGAUGCUUUCUUCCUUUGACCAGUAAUCCUUUGUUCCAUUUGAUAAAGACAUUCUAGUCUUCAGUAAACAUCAUUGUGUUUGCCUGAUGCACCUGUUACACCUUUCUCUGGGGGAAAAGCCAUUAAACCAAGCAAAGUCUGUAUACAAUUCAAAUUGCCUUGUUAUAGAGCCCCCAACAAGGGAGAUGUUUGAUUCUUGUUUCAUCCAUUCAUUCUGUGUCCUCUUAAUAUGGAAAAAUAUGGUUAGUUCCCAUAAGCACUAUAAAAAAUAUAACUCAGGUAUGCUUUGUGCUACCAGCUUUUCACAAUGCCGUGGAAGCAUUUCGCACACAAGGCGUGGCUCAAUGAUACCUUUUGAGUCUUUUAUCAGAAACUGGUUGAUUGAAGGUGUCCGUGAUCCCCAUGCAGUCUUUUGCAGACUUAAACUUGUUUGAAAAAAACUGACUUUUAACUCUUACUGCAGCACCGAAGAUUGG